GAUGCUGGACCACAGCAACCUCAUCCGCGAGGUGAACCGCCGCCUGCAGCUGCACCUCGGCGAGAUCCGCGGGCUCAAGGAUAUCAACCAGAAACUCCAGCAGGACAACCAGGAACUGAGGGAUCUCUGCUGUUUCCUGGACGAUGACCGGCAGAAAGGAAAAAGGGUGUCCCGGGAGUGGCAGAGAUUGGGCCGCUACACAGCUGGGGUGAUGCACAAGGAAGUGGCCUUAUACCUGCAGAAGCUGAAGGAGCUGGAGGUGAAGCAGGAGGAAGUGGUGAAGGAGAACAUGGAGCUCAAGGAGCUCUGCGUGCUGCUGGAUGAGGAGAAAGGCGCGGGCUGUGCCGGCAGCCGCUGCUCCAUCGACAGCCAGGCCAGCCUGUGCCAGCUCGCAGCCUCCACUGCACCCUAUGUGAGGGAUGUGGGAGAUGGCAGCAGCACCUCCAGCACUGGCAGCACCGACAGCCCCGACCACCACAAGCACCACGCAAGUGGAGGCAGCCCGGAGCAUCUGCAGAAGCCCCGAGGCGAGGGCAGCCCCGAGCACUCCAAGCACAGGAGUGCCAGCCCAGAGCACUUGCAGAAACCCAGAGUCUCCGGGACCGCAGAUCACCCAAAAGCUCUCAAAGGACCCAGCCCUGAGCACCACAAACCUUUGUGCAAGGGCAGUCCAGAACAGCAAAGGCAUCCACAUCCAGGGAGCAGCCCGGAAACACUGCCGAAGCACGUGCUGAGUGGGAGCCCUGAACAUUUCCAGAAGCACAGACCGGGGAGCAGCCCAGAACAUGCCAGGCACAGCGGAGGGAGCCCAGAGCAUCUUCAGAAACAUGCUCUUGGGGGGAGCGUGGAACACCUACCCAGACCCAGGGGCACCAGCCCUGAGCAUCUCAAACAGCAUCACGGGGGGAACCCUGAUCAUAAACACGUAGGAGGCGGAGGCAGUGGAGGUGGCAGCAGGGAGGGCACCCUGAGACGGCAGGCACAGGAGGAUGCAUCACCCCAUCACCGCAAUGUCUACAGUGGCAUGAACGAAUCAACAUUGUCCUAUGUUAGGCAGCUGGAGGCAAGAGUAAGACAGCUGGAAGAAGAAAAUCGCAUGCUGCCCCAGGCCACCCAGAAUAGAAGGCAACCUCCAACUAGAAACAGCUCACAUGUGGAGAAAGGCUGGGCGCCCAGAGCCCGGCGGGUCUGGCAGUGGUGGCAAGGGUGCCGAGGAAUAGGACGAUGCCUGCCCACUCUCCCGGGUUCUUUUAGGUUGUCAUCAGGGGCUGAUGGGAGUAACAGUUCACCCAACUCUCCAGCUAGCUUCAGUGGACAUACCACACCUUCUCAGCAGCCCGAGCCUGUGGUACAUUCUCUUAAGGUCUUGGAUGUUCAGGAAACUAUAGAUCGUCAACAGGGUAAAGAGUAUGAACAUGACCUUAGUGAGACAGAAAAAGCUAUAGUCAGAGAAAUGUGCAAUGUUGUGUGGAGGAAACUUGGAGAUGCUGCCGGUUCAUGUCCUGGAAUUAGGCAACAUCUAUCAGGAAACCAGUACAAAGGACCAAUGUGAGAAGCAUUCUUUUUCAAAUGUGAGAUUCCCUACUGCCAGAGAGAGAAAAAAAAAGACCAAAAGAAGAAAAACAAAAGAAUGGGUUUCCACAAACCUGGACUCAUGGAAUGACAUGGAUUGUACACUGCACACAUCUCCCCUCUAAAACCUUCAGUCCAUUAAACUGAUACUCUUGUGUCUUACUUCAGUGUCCAAAACAGUUAAUCUCAAACAAGGUAGCUCUGAGUAAUCACCAUUUGAUAUCAGUAUUUUCAUUAGAACUAAAGCGUUUUUAACUUCCCAGAUCUAAGAUUAUAAUUGGGAAACCUGCAUGGUUGGAAGUGUCCCUUAGAGAUUCAGUGGUUUUGAUAGAGUUGACUUGUUCCAUUUAGUGGUGGAAACUUUUUACCAUGUAGUAUUGAAGAUACGAAGAGGUGAUUUCCAGCUUCCGAGCGUUGAAAGUUGGGCAUUUACCUCUUACACUUCAUUUAAGAUUAUAUUAGUUCCUGAUUCAUAAUUGAUUUGAAUAUAAGAGACAUGGUUUCUGGGGGUUUUGUUUUGACUUUUGAGGUGCUAAAAAUACCAUAAAAAUUCUAUUACCAGCUAGAAAGUUAGCAAGACUUUGUAGAGUACUUGUCAGAGAGUAUCAAUUUCAUUUCCAUUGAUCAAAAUAAGUAUAUCUUUUCUGCAAUCUUGAUGAGUUGUUCAUAGGAGCACAUUUGGGGACAUGUCGACCUCCAUAUUCAUUCAGUGUAUCAAUUUCAACUAAAAAACAAGCAAAUAUAAUUUUUUAAAUGUUUAGAGCUGUGAGAUGUUAAUUUCUACAAUUUAGUUUCUAGACAUGCUGUAUAUUUAAUAAACUUUAUGUAAACUUUAAAAUAUUGCACUGCAUUUAUGAAAAAAGCUUUUUUUGCCUACUGCAGCUAUUUAAUGUUUUAUGAAACUAACGCAUGUCCUUCAGUACUGAGGUUAAAAGCUCUUGUUCAGAUUGCUUGAGGUUUGAAAAAGAGGUGUGCUAGCUUUGCUUAGUUUUUUCCUUAUUUUUGGUAUAUACAUAUAAUAUUAGAAUGUGUGUAUUGAAAAUUCUAUGAUAGGUAUUUUGUGUUUAUCUAAUGCAAUGAUAGUUUCUUGUAUGAAUGUGCAAGAAGCCUGUGACAGAAUGCUAUCUUUUUACUGUAGUUUAAGAUUUUAAAAGUAGAAAUGUAACAUUUCCAAGUUUUCUCAUAUCUUCUAAAUUACUGAGAUUUGAUUCAUAUCAAAUAUUCCUUAUUGUUGUUCUUUUUAAAAUGGGCUCAUUACACAGCAUAUUAAUUGUCAUUGGUGGGAGAAUAUGAAAGAAUUUUGUUUUACCUUUAAAAUUUUAGCUGUGAUGAAAACCAGCCCUCUAUUUUCAGAAAAUAUUUAUGAAUUAAUUUACUGUAGGAUUAUCUCUAAUUAUCAUAAUUGGGUUACAGUUUAAGCCUCCGUUUCUUUUCAAGUGUUAUAUUUUUAAAUGUUAUUACUCUGUAAAAGAAAAUUGCUCACUAUAUUUCCACCUUUUGUCAGAGGAGAGCUUUCAUCCUUAAAUUGUUGUAUUGCUACACUUUGAAGAUGUUUAAAACAAGUUUUUGUGUCUGCAGCAGAGACUGCAGAAGCUAAUCCAAGGGACACUGGUCUUUAACAAAAUACUUGUGUAAAUUUUGAUACUGUAUUAAAACUAUUUUUUUAAAGUUCCACAUAAAAUUGAGUAUUCAGUAUAUGUGUUCAUCUUAGC